GUCCUCAACACAGCGAGGAGUAGGAGCAGCCUUGGCGCUCUUGGAAAAAAAUGUUUCCCCUGUCAGACCCGAAAUGAAUAUGUAAUCAGUGCAACUGAUGCCGCUGAUGUGUUUCUAUGGCAGGCACGGCAGCUGGAUGAACAGCGACCCGAUCUUCUCAAGUCGGCUGGGUUUCAGUUCUUCUGCAACGCCACUAAAUUCAGAACAAUGACUUUUGCGGAUUCCAGCCUUGACGUUGACUUCUCGAAAGAUGUUCCUUGGCCCCGCCGCCGUUUUUCCUCCUCCCCCACGAUUGCCACAGAAGAUGUCGGGUGCUUUCUUCCUUCUCAUUGGGUCUGAUCUCGAAGAUUCUGCUCUGGUGCCCCAGUUUACAUUCUAAGCUCCAGCCAAUCAGCUCUUGAAUUUGUCUUGCCUUUAAUCCCCUUUCAGUCCUUCUCCAUGGCUUGCCUGCUGGUAUCUGUGAUUCUCCUGGUUCUGCAGAUGCACUCAGUGCCCCUAGAGUGCCUCCCUGAAGGAACGAAAGCCCCAGGGGAGCAUUUGGACCUGCGGACCAGAGAUGUGAUCAAUGAAACCCAAACUGGUUCCCUGGGGACAACCCAACGCUUGCCACAAAGCAUCAUAAUCGGGGUCCGCAAAGGUGGCACACGAGCCUUGCUAGAGAUGCUGGACAUCCAUCCCCAAGUCGCUGUUGCCACCACUGAGGUGCACUUUUUUGACUGGGACCAGAACUAUGUCAAAGGCCUAGAGUGGUACCAGGGGCUAAUGCCUCUUUCACAGCCACACCAGAUCACAGUGGAGAAGACCCCGGGCUAUUUCACAUCCGCCCUAGCCCCAGAGCGCAUUCGUGCCAUGAAUAGCUCCAUAAAACUGCUGCUCAUACUCCGGGACCCAAUCGAGCGUGUCAUUUCUGAUUACACCCAGGUUUACUACAACCGCUUGGAGAAUCACAAGCCUGUACAGGCCAUUGAGAACAUCCUAGUGCGCAACGGGGCCCUCAAUACCCGCUAUAAAGCCAUCCAGCGUAGUCUGUACGACGUGCACAUGCACAACUGGCUGUGCCACUUCCCCCUGGAACAGAUCCACAUCGUAGAUGGGGACACACUCAUCCAAGAUCCAUUGCCUGAGCUGCAGAAGGUGGAGCGCUUCCUCAGCCUUCCACCUAGAAUAGUAUCAUCCAACUUCUACUUUAACCAGACCAAGGGGUUCUACUGCAUCCGUAGCGAUGGACGCGAGCGUUGUCUCCAUGAGUCCAAAGGGCGGCCACACCCUGCAGUGAACAGUACAGUGCUUCAACAGCUGCGUUCUUACUUUACGGAGCACAACCACAAUUUCUACAGGAUGAUCAAGCGUUCCUUCAGCUGGCACUAGGAUAGGCCUCUCAGCCUAUUUCUAUCUUCCCAGUUGUCACAGCCCUGCUUUGAGGGUAACAUGGACGGUCAGUCCAGUAGUGGGGUGGUGGAUGGAGUCCAAGGAGUUGCAGGAGGUGAAAGCACUUAAUCCCUUCUGAUUCUCCUGUGAAAAAUGCCUUUAAAUUGCUUGUGUCUACAAAACAGUUUUAUAUAGGAAUUAACUGAGGGAGCUUCAGUAGUAAUCCCUGUACUGUAUGUGAAUUCAGAUAACUGCAAACAAUUUUGUGUAAUUAAUGAACUUUUUCCUUUGUUUGAUAUUCUUGUAUUUAAUAAAUGG